UGAACUUGUUUUGACCAUUUUGACAUUCUUGUAUAAUUUUUAUGAUUUUACAGAAAUCGACUUGAACGUAUUAUUCUCCGUAGUCAUUUUUCGAAAUUAUAAUUUUGUAUUGUGAUUGUAAAAUGCAUGCAUGAUGUCAGAACAUCAGUCUCGAAAAAUGAAUGUAUCCAGAGAUCCUAUACAACGUCCAACCGACAAUAUGAUAAAAGCUUCUGACGAUGUGGCACUUGAGAAGACUCCUGCUAGGCUGAAGAGCAAAAACACAUUACCGAAAAAUUUACGCUAUGACUUGGAGAACGCUUUAGUAGGGCUGUGCGAUGUGUGGUUUGAGGAGAUCAAGCCUUAUCUAGAGCGUAACAACAUUAAGGUGCACGUCCACGAGCCUGUAGCGGGCAACGGCCAAGGUGACAGCGCUCGCGGCGCACCCGGCGCGGGCGCAGCCGACUGCGCGCACCUCCAUCCAGGUAGAUCUUAUCGUCGUCAGCGCCGCGGUGCGAGCUGUGCCGCCUCCUGUUCAACGCCGCUAACAGCAUCCAGAGCGCCGUGUCGCAGGCCGCCUGUGCCGCCUCGCCCGACCACAUCCACGCUACAGAGUAAACGGAACGAAUCCAAUGAAGAGACAUAUUUGAAAGCUGUUAUAAGAAAAACUCGCAAGAAGAAACCUAAGGAUUUCCUUUCAAAGCGUCUUGUGCCCCGACUUUGCGAAACAUACAGCCUGCCUGCAGAAAUCUAUCAGCAACAAACAAUGGAACCUGCUAAAGCAAUGAUUAGCAAACAAAAAUCUCACCACCGAAAUGACACGAAGAUUGGACGAGCCAAAAAUAAGCCUGAGUUGAAGGAUGUAUCCACUCAAACAGAAACCUUGUUAAUGAUUAAGACAGUAAAGCCCGUCCCUAGAAAAAGCUUAAAAUCUGGAUGCCAUUUCAGUCGCAGCCCUGCAAUAACUGUCUUUUUGCCUUCCAAAAAUAAAAAUAACUCAAUAAAAGAUCCCAAUCAAAUCAAGAUCCUGGAUGCAGAAGUACCUCCUUUAUUUAAAAACGAUCUCAUCGAUAUUAUAGGUGAGAAGCAUGACAAGAUGUUAAGAGUUCUAUACAGAAGCCCGGAUACAAGUGGACAUUCUUCAUCGUUGAAUUUAUUCUCACCCUAUAAACCUGGGAAAAAAUCUGCAAGUAGUAAGAAAACUCGUCCCUGGAGGUAAAAGGACCUAAGUAAAUAAGUAUUUAGGCAUUGUAUUUAACGGUGAAAACGUAUUUAAAAUUAACGUGUUUCUCAUAAACGCUUUAAUCUUAAUAGUUAUUUU